AUGGCCUCUCAUGGCAAGGUCCUCGACCUCUUCGACGAUCGCUAUCUUGGACUACAGGACGUCGUUGGUAAUGUCGAACCACUUCCCAUGCUCGUACCAUACGAAAGAUACAUGCAAAACCCUGUCGUAUACAGUAUGGAUACAAACCAUGCCAUCUUCCUCGCACUCCUACAAGACUUUACAGAACGGAAGGCAAGGGAGGCGGGCAAAGAACUAUGGACUUGGUACGUGCAGUGGAAGGUGAAUCAGACUGCAGCUCGCCAACUUUCCGUCAACCCACACUACCUGAAGAAGCCUCGUCUCGACCAAGAACAGCCAAAUUUGCCCACUGCGCAGCGAUCGCGACAGAGCGCGCCCCCAAUCACAGUUCGACCCCGCAUCCUAGACCCAGAAUUGAUGCACGAGGAAGAUAUGUUGAGGAUCCUGGUCGAUAUAAUACAGGUGAACAGUGCUGUGGUGCCUAACUUUAUCGAAUUCUUGUACCGAUGGAUCGAUUACUACGAGGGAGAUGGGAGGGCGCUGAAGGCGGCAUUGCAUGAAGAGAUUCCGAGUUUGUGGGAUUUUGAGCACCACCCACUCAUGGUCCCAGAAGAUAUCAAGAAGAAGAUAAAGCAAGUAAUUGAAGAGAGCAAAGAUCCGAAGAACGAAACAGGUGAUAAGACACCGACGCAUAGCAACACAGAAGAACUUACCCAAAACUCACCUACGAAGAAAAUGCGAAACAAACCAGAUCUAGCAGCACUAGAACGAAAAGCAGAAGCAAGUGAACGUCUACAAUACCGCGAAGUGCACUUUGGCAUACAACCACCAAAGCUGAACGAACCUCUGCCACCUUUGAUCAACAUUCCUCAAGAUUCGCAAAAACGCACAAAGUACUACGCUGCUUGCUUCAAGUCACGACAACGCGCCUUUUACAUGCUUAUGGAAGCUGGAGUCACCCCCCAACAGAUCAGAGACUACAAUCGAUGUCAGAAGGAAAGUGUCAAGGAUACUCCCUCAACUGGGGGAGAGGGCCUAAGGAACUACGAGAGAGACGCACAAAUGGCGCAGAAAGUUUUUCAGGAGAAGGAACAUUAUGCAAAGAAGCAGAGGGAAAUUGCUAUCAGUGACAGGUUGGCUGUUGAGGCUCAAGUUGCUGCAAACGAUGCAACGUCUGAAGAAGCAUCGGGCGUUCCACUGAUUCCUGUGACGCCGUCAUACCCUCCUCGUCAGGAUAUGGCCGCACAGAUGUUGCGCAAGAUCCAGCAAGCCACAAACAAAACUGACCACAAAAUCAACAUAGUCCCUCAGCCUCUGGUGGGAAUGAUGAAAAGCGAGCUCUUCGAACGAGCAAAGGAUAGAGAGAUGGUAUCCAGAUAUUUAGAUGACAUUCCCACAGGCCCAGCACAACGCCGUACCAUUGUCCGUGAAGAAGAGGAGUAUCAUACAAGCGCUUCUGAGGAUGAGAACAUGUCCAACAGCUGCGAUUUUGAUAAUGAUGACGAUAGUGGCGACGCAAGCGACCGAUUGCGCAUGGCUUCUGGAUCAUCACCAUCGCCUCCUCCCAAUCUUCCACAACUGAACUUGCCGCCGUUACACUCUCCCGACCCUCCUGUGCAAACCAAUCAAGCAUUUUUUCCUCCUACAGGACAGUCGGAUGCUCACCAGCAGGCACAUAGCCACCCAGAUGGCUUUAAUAGUUUCGGCGUUCUAGACAACAUUGUCUCAUACCCACCUAGAUAUGAGCCCAGACUACCUGCACCUCAUCAGCCUCAACAUCUCUUAUUAGAAUAUCAGUCUUAUAACCAGCAACCAUAUAUACCUGCACCGUAUCAUGUGCCUUCUUAUCCUGUCGCUCCGACCUUACCAAAUCCAUUUCAACCACCCGCAUUUGCACAUCAAGAUCAUGGCAACUACGCACCCGACCGUGGACAAUCAAGUGAAUCAUCUACACUUCCAAACCAACCAGUCUUCAACGAUCCCAACAGCAGAUUUAUAACAAACGGACAGCAACUACCCGCAAACGUACACUCCUACCCUCCUCUCUCUUUCCUUCACCCCCUCUCACCAAGCAUCCACCGCACAGCACCCACCCCCAUGUCCACCCUCGCCCCCUCACUUCUUGUAACCUCCCCCUUCGCUACCACCCACUCUGAAAUCCCCAUCCAAAUCUAUUUCCAGAAAAUUGUCUUCCCUGCCAACGCGCUCGGCCCUGGCGGCGCUAAACUCGGCGACGGCGGCGUCCCCGAAACCGAUGCAUUCCUACUCGGCUACAUACGUCCUGGAAGCGGCGAAAUCGUGCUGAACAAAGCGAUUUUCUUGCCGGUGGGUGUAUGGAAAAAUGCUACUGCAAGGGUGCGAAAUGGGAAGUGUAAAGUUUUGGAGUCGUAUCCCAUACCGGGAGGCGAUGUGGGUAGUUAUCCAACGGGUGUAGCGCAUCGAGCGGCAUAUGAGAAGGUGAAACAGGCGUUUGGGUUUAUGAUUGCGGCGCCAGCAGAGGUUAGGGAGAGGGAGGUUACGAAGAGAUGGAGGACGAGCAUGGGGCCGAUGACGGAGAAUGAACGGGGUGCGGUGUGGGAGGGUUGGGGGGUCGAGAUAGAUCGGCAGGUUAAGAUGAGGAAGGAGGAGAGGAUGGGUGCGGUGGUGCUUGAUUCGAUUAUUGAUGGGACGAAGGCGCGUAAUUGGGAGCGGGAGAGGAGACAGAGGGAGAUGAAGGAGUUGUUCGUCGACGAGGAGGAGGAGGCAGCGGAAGAUGUGAACAUGGAAGAAUAUGUGACGUUUGGGGAUGGAGAGUGA